AUGAAUGGAGAUAUCAACUUCACCUCAGAUGACUCUAGAAGGAUCAUUUCACCACACAUCAUCAUCAUCAUCAAGACCAAUACCCCACCUGACAACAACAACAACAACAACAACAACAACAACAACAACAACAACAACAACAACAACAACAACAACAACAACAACAACAACAACAACAACAACAACAACAACAACAACAACAACUGCAGCCACAAAUCACAUGUCUCUACUCCAUCUGGUGGUGCGGGAGGAGUAGGAGGGGGAGGGGGAGGGGGAGUGAGUCUGGGCGAGCAGAGGGUUAAGUUGGAGGAGGCGAGACUGCAGCUGGACCGACUGAGGAAUGGGUGGGAACAAGUGAGACAGUCGCACACCCUCGCCAUCAAAGAGUUGGGUGAGAAGAGGGCACGAGUGUUGGGCCAGUUGAGGGGGGAGGAGGCCAGUCUGGGAAGGGAGAGGGAGGCCAUGCAGCUGAUCCAGAGGAGACAACGGGUGCUGCAGAGAGCCACAGACACCACACAUCGAAUGUCGUCAACAGUAAUAGUGGGAACCUCUGCUCUCAGCAGGGAGGAGCUGCAAAAGGCCGUCCUUAUUGAAGAGGCAAAAAUGGGGAAACAGCUUGAGAAGAUCGAGAGUCUUAAGAGGGACCACGAGAGGACGAACCGACUGCUGGACUCGUGUCCCGAGUCGCAGCACGAGGAACUGCUGCUGCAGUACAAGCGGGAGGCACUGCAGCUGGAGAGUGAGCUGCAGCUGUUUGAACAGAUGGAGUUCUCACUCCUCGAGAGACAGCUGGGGGCGGAGGGGGCAGGGGCAGGUUCAGGGGAUCCCCAGAGUAGCGCGGCACAGCUGACUGCUCAGCAGCAGCGCUCGCAGCAGAUGAUAGACAGAAUACAGGCGUCGCUGGACAUUCUGCGGGAGGACGUGGGCAGGAAGGAGUGGGAGUUGGGACAGAUGAAGGCCACCCUCCUCAAACACAGUGACCACUUCGCACACCAGAUACACCAGCAAAGACAGCACCUGUUGGACCUGCAAGUGCAAUAUGCAGAACUACUGCAGAAGCAGGACCAGCAGCACAGGAGAGGAGCAGGAGGACACCCACAGUCUCCAUCAGCCACCUUCCCUCCUCCUCCUCUUCCUCCUCUUCCUCAGGGGGCCAGUGGUGCCAGACUGAGCAGUGAAGAACCAUCUGACCGAAGUAACAACGGAAACUCAACCUUAGGUCUGUUCGGAAAAGGUUCACGGGAGUCGACAGCACCUCUCACCUUUUACUCCCAUAACAAUGUGGUACAGUCAUCGCCAUUUUCCGCUAGUCAAUUCUCAGCAUCAUCAGGAGUUGCAGACAUCGAAAUGUAUCUUGCAUCUUCAACUCCAGCCAGACUGGACAGCAGAGCGCUUAGUAUUUCAGGGAAGUCAUUUGCAAUACAUGACAUAAUGAGCACCCAGCCAAAAGUAUCGCCCUGUAAGCAAAACAACGCAAAUUCGAUCAACUUCUCGUUCGGAAGUCCCACCCCACAGAUGUCACUACUUCGACGUCCAGUGACCACGCCCACUCCUCAACGAAGAGCCGAAAACAAUGCUUGGACCGAGUCACCCUCGCUAAGCAAACCGCACAGUCGGCAGCAGCCAGCAAUUCCGGUAACUUGUGCUGCAGUUUUUAGUUGCAUUCCAGAUGUCGUUCCGACAAGUGCUGCAUCCAGGGUUUUCGAAAGAGCUCAGCAAGCUGGUUCAGACCCGGCUGGAUCUCCUCAGAAAGCAAAAGUUCAUUUCAGACAAACUCCGAGCCAGAAUUCUCUCUCUGCUGACCAUCAGCAAAGCGGUGCACCUAACGGCGGCGAGCUUCUGCCCGUCAAUGUUGGUCAACCGGGGGUUACAUUCCGACAUCCUCCUUCUCCAUCGCCUCACAGGGCACAAACACCGGGAACACCGAAACAGGCAAGACCUCUGACCUGCUAUCUGCCAAACAGUGCACAGAGUCUGCAUCUGCGACAACACCUGGAGUCUCUUGGCCACUACUUGCAAGGCUGUGCACCCCUCCUCCACGUGGACCAGAGCAGCUGCAGGGGCCACCUGCUGAAACGGAGCAACUCUCUGCUAGGAGGGGUGGGGGCGGGGGUGGGUGUAUCUUCUUGGAAACGACGCUGGUUCGUGUUCGACCGAGUGAAGAAGACGUUGGUCUACUUCGGCGACAGCAGAGAGAGCAAACUCAAGGGAGGCGUUCCCUUUUCUGCGAUAGAGGAAGUGUACUUUGAUCAUCUGAAGCAGCACAGGAGUCCCAGUCCGAACUUCACCUUCAUUGUGAAGACGAAGCUGAAGCCAUUCUCUCUCGUGGCCCCCAGUGCAUCCUGCAUGCGGGUGUGGAUGGACGCCAUAGUGACCGGCUGCGAGGGCAACACUCUCUACCACUCAUGACACUCACAUCAACACCCCCACCCCUCCUCCCUCCAGAUACAUUUCGAAGCAAUACAAACAGAAACGCCGCCCCCAUCAAGAACUCUUCUUUCCCUUCUUCCCAUCAAACCCCUUCUACCCCCCCCCCCCCCUCCUUCCUACGUGACGGUCCCAAGUUUUAAAAGAUUUUCUCAUUAUUCCAUUGCGUCAAUCCCUUGGAAUCGAAACUGAAACAAAACCGGGUCAAGUAGAUAAGGUCAAUUGAAGCCUUCGAAUAUCAAUUGUAGUUUGAUCAAAUCAAGUUCCAGAACAAGUACGUGCGUCAUCAGUCUAAAAUAUACAAUGGAAACCCUGAAAACAAAAGAAACCAAUUUCAAAACUAUAACUGAGACAACACCGGCCUCUUCAUUUGAACGGGUCAGAAACUCACAAAAGAAUUCGAUCAGUGGUCCAUUUUUAGAAGAUUCUAAAGCGCGUCACCCAAAACUUCAGAAAUCCCAAAAAACGUUGGCUCAAUGAAGUAGACAACAAAUUGAGAAGACAUCGUAGCCCUAUCCCACAUCACUACAAUUGGCAGAGCCAGAAGCAAAACAGAACCAGUUCCUUCUAAUCAUCGCUCUCGUUCUCAAGUGCAUGGUGCUAUCUAUUUAGCUAUCUAUCUGUCUGUUCACAACCCCAACACAAUUCAAACUCAUUUUCUAUUACAUGACUGGGCUCUAUUUUAUGUACAAAUAAACCAUUCAGAUUUUCGAAUGCUA